AGAUGUCCGUUUAGCACGACACAGCGAGAACCUUCGAGAGAGAGAGAGAGAGAGAGAGAGCCCUAGCGGCGGCGCCGGCGAUGUCGAGGACGCUGGUGCAGCCGAUCGGCCAGAAGAGGCUGACGAACGUCGCCGUAGUGCGGCUCAAGAAGCGUGGCACGCGAUUCGAGAUAGCUUGCUACAAGAACAAGGUCCUCUCAUGGCGAUCCGGAGUGGAGAAGGAUCUUGAUGAGGUGCUACAAUCGCAGACUGUUUACUCGAAUGUUUCGAAAGGAAUCCUGGCAAAAUCCAAGGAAUUGAUCGCCGCAUUUGGUACUGAUGAUCAAGCUAAGAUCUGUUUGGAGAUUUUGGAGAAAGGAGAGCUGCAAAUUGCAGGGAAAGAGAGAGAAUCACAGUUAUCAAGCCAGUUUCGUGAUAUUGCGACUAUUGUCAUGCAGAAGACUAUUAAUCCUGAAACUCAGCGGCCUUAUACUAUCAGCAUGAUCGAGCGACUAAUGCAUGAAAUACACUUUGCAGUGGAUCCUCAUAACAGUUCAAAGAAGCAGGCGUUGGAAGUUAUCCGUGAGCUUCAAAAGCAUUUCCCCAUAAAACGAUCCCCAAUGAGAAUACGAGUUAUUAUACCUGAGAAGAACUUUCCCUCUCUCACGGAAAAGCUCAAAGAAUGGAACACAAACAUUGUUUCACAAGAUGAAUCUGCAGAACAUUUAUCCAUCGUCUGUGAAAUGGAACCAGGCUUUUUCCGGGACUGUGAUGCUCUUGUGAGGAAUUGGCAAGGCAGAGUGGAAAUCCUAGCUGUUUCUGUGCAUGUGGAGGGUGAUACUCAUGUUGACCAGUAUGAAGAAUUGGAAGAUUCUUCAUCAAGAUCCACGAGUGAAAUGGAUCCUAUAAGGCAGUUAGGUGAAAAAUUAGAGAAAAGUGGCAUAUCCAAAGAAAGUUCAAAUGCUCCAGAGCAGGUUAAGCAAAAUAGGUGUAACACAUGUGAUGCAAUUGUUGGUGAUGCUAAACAGUAUAGGGAACAUUUCAAAAGUGAAUGGCACAAACAUAACCUGAAAAGGAAGACAAGACAGCUUCCACCUCUAACUGCAGAGGAAUGUGCCACUGAUAUGGAAAUUGGUGAUUCCAAGGCAGAUUUGAAGGAGUACUCAUUUUGAGUGGUCCAGGGGUUCUAAACAAGUACGUGCUCAAAAUCGAUCAUAAAGGGUUACACAAAGCUGGAUUUGUAGCAGGAAGAGCUUCGCAGAUGAUUUCAGAAUUCUCCAGAUUUUAUAUGCUGCAUGUUAGUAGAUUUAACAAAGAACAAUCCUAGUGCUUAUUUGAGUUUUUGUAUGUAAACAAAACAAACAAUACUAAUGUGAAAUGACCAUGGCAACAGCCAUGGUUUUGUGUCAAAAUAGAGCUUGUAUUGGUGAUGUUUUAUCAAAUAUUGACGUACAUUUUAUUCA